AUGGCGUCGCUCGAUGCAUCUCGACUGAGGCUUACUCGUGCUUCAGUCCUACGCCCAGUUCCCGAUCCCGAGUCUUCUGAGCUGUGGGCACAGAAUAUUGCCACCGACCAUAUGGCUACGUGUCGCUGGACAGUAGAUGAGGGCUGGGAAGAUCCAGAGAUCAAGCCUUUCAGUGACUUCUCCAUCUCGCCUCUCGCCUCAUGUGUACACUAUGCUACGCAAUGUUUCGAAGGCAUGAAGGUGUAUCGCGGGCUUGACAACCGUCUCAGGCUCUUUAGGCCGGACCGAAACGCAAAGCGCCUGGCUACGAGCGCGGAAAGGGUUUCACUGCCAACAUUUGAUACUGAACAACUUGUUGAGUUAAUUAAAGCUUUAGUUCGUGUUGAUGCACCAAGAUGGCUGCCAAAACCUGGCAAUUUUCGCUAUAUUCGACCUGCACUAAUUGGGACCGGGCGCCAGCUUGGAGUGCAGGUUCCCAAAGAAGCGCUCUUGUUCAUAAUCAUCGUUUGCUGGCCUGACUUCUCUACGGAAUCGCCUCCGGGCGUUGAGCCCAGAUCUGACCUGCGGCUCCUCACAUCCCGAAGUGACACUAUCAGGGCGUGGCCUGGUGGAUUUGGCCAUGUUAAAGUCGGAGCCAACUAUGGCCCCAGCUUUGCAUCGCACUGUGAGGCACAGCGCGCAGGAUAUGACCAGAUUCUGUGGUUAUUCGGAGAGGACGGUCAAGUUACUGAAGCUGGGGCUAGCAACUUUUUUGCUGUUGUUAAGGAUGGACGCACCGCAACUCCCAAGCUGCUGACAGCAUCGCUGACUUAUCCUUGA